AUAAUCUUGACAAAUGGGAGCGGCUCACCGUCGCCGAUGCCCUCGAACCUGUCCGCUUCGAAGAUGGUGAAGUUGUUGUCCGACAAGGUGAACCUGGAGAUGAUUUCUUCAUCAUCACAGAGGGAACCGCCAAAGUUCUUCAGAAGCCUUCUGAAUCGGUUGAGCCCGUCGAGGUCGGAAAAUUAAGGCCGUCAGAUUACUUUGGUGAAAUUGCCCUACUUCUUGAUCGUCCGCGGGCUGCAACGGUUGUCGCUCAAGGUCCCCUCCGGUGCGUCAAACUUGAUCGGAAGCGUUUCGAGCGCGUUAUGGGCCCGUGUUCUGAUAUCCUCAAGCGUAACAUUGCCAAAUACAACAGCUACAUUUCACUCAGCGUCUGAUUAUGCAUUGGUUUUCUUCUCGACCUAUUUCGUCUUUUCUCAUCACACUUACCUUCGGUUUGCUUGUAUUCAUGUACAGCCCACUGCGUCAUCUUCCGUGUAAUUCUCACACGACGGUACAUAACUGGUCCCGCUUUUAGUCGUCAGUCUAUUCAUGCGCGUUUGGUACUAGGUUUUUUCAUUAUCCCCGUUCAUUUCAUUCGUUUAUUAUCGGGUGGCUUGUUGUCUCAAACUGGGUUAAUCGUUUACCCCCACCACCUGUGAAAUUCAGCAUCCACACCCAGCUUUUUCGUUUUGCUGUGGGAUUUCCCGUUGGGUUCCUAAUACUGACCUUUGUCCAAUCAGGUUCGGACCUUUCUCGCCCACUGUUUUUCACUUCUUCCUGGUUGAGUAUGCUAUGGAUUUACUUCGUAAUUUCUUGUUGAACUGUGAUUUACUCUACCCGACUGUGUCUACUCAAUUCUGAAAUGGUAACCUGCUGUGGUGUCCUGCGUGUGGUAACACUUGAUCUGCUCUUUACAAGAAUCCCA